AUGGCAAAGAAAUGGCUGCCAAUCGAGAGCAACCCCGAUGUGUUGAAUACCUACCUCAGGAACCUUGGUGUUCCCAACCCCAAGGUGGAGUUUUGCGAUGUUUACGGCUUGGACCCCGAUCUUCUUGUGUUUUUACCUCGGCCCGUUCGCGCCAUGAUACUUUUGUACCCAAUUACACCUGAAAUAGAUGCAGCAGAUGCUAAAACUGUGGAAAUGCAGGCUGCUGAAAUAAAGGCAUUUAUGGCGGAAAAAGACGUAUUUUUCUCCAAACAAACAGUUGAGAACGCCUGUGGUACCAUGGCUCUUCUUCAUGCUGUGAUGAAUAACUUGGAUUCUGUGGGUGAUGUCAGAAAAGACAGCCCGAUAGACUUCUUAAGGAGGGAGGGACUCCAUGGGAAUCCAGAGGAACGCGCAUUACUUAUUGAGUCCGAUCCUAAUCUAGAUGCGGCGCACAUGGGGGCGUCGGCAGAAGGGGUCACAAAGAAUCAGCCGGUCAAUGCAAAUAUCGACCUUCACUUUACUUGCUUUGUACAUGCAAAGGAUCAAUGUGUGGAGCUGGACGGGCGUAAACAAUCACCCUUGCUCCAUGGUGCUUGCAUGGAUAAUGAGCAGUUUGUGAGUGUUACCGCAGAGGCGAUUCAAGCCAAGAUUUCUCGGAAUAAGGAGUCCUUUCGUUUCAAUAUCAUUGCUCUUGUGGACAAAUCCAGCUAA